CUCACUUAUCUUAUCUACUAGGGGCUGCUAGGGCCUCUUUCAGCUGCUGUUGGAUUUUAACUAACGGCCAACGGCUUAUCUCAGUGAGGCCCAACACACAUUCCUAAGGAGGGGGUUCCUGCUCUUAGCUCUAGCCUAAUACGAGAGAGAAGCACCUACUUGCUUCAAACAUUUGCUCUGCAUACACAAAUGUUAUGGCUUAUGCCCAUGUCACAGGGGUGGAGCUAGUGCCCGUCGUGACGUAAGGGAGGUAGCAAAGCGUGUUCAUGUCCCUGCUUCUAGCCGGAGCUCCUGGAAACUCCUUUCACUCGGAAGUCAGAAAGUGCUGCAGCGUUCUUGCCUCUCCCGUUGGGGGAAGGUGACCCCGGUCUUCUCGUACCCCGGGGGGAUCUGGGAGAAGAUCCACAAGGUGGAAUUAGGGUGUCACAGACUUCCAUCCCUUGGAGGCUGCUUUGGGGCAGAUUAAAGAUGGAAAACGAAGACUCAGCUGGCCAUGAAGUAGGAAAAGCCCCUGAGGCCAACCAGGCUGGGAUGACUGGGGAAUUUUGGGAAAGGACAGGGCAGAAGAUCCGGGAGGAGGACACCAACAGCUCAGAUGCAAAAUGCCAGCAAUUCAGGCGGUUCUGCUACCAGGAGACCGAGGGGCCCCGAGAGGUUUGCAGCCAACUCCACCACCUUUGCCGUCAGUGGCUGAAGCCAGAGAGGCACACGAAAGCUCAGAUGCUGGACCUGGUGAUCCUGGAGAAGUUCCUGACUGUCCUGCCCCCGGAGAUGGAGAGCUGGGUGAGAGAAUGCGGAGCAGAGACCAGUUCCCAGGCAGUGGCGCUAGCAGAAGGUUUUCUCCUGAGCCAGGCAGAGGAGAAGCAGCAGGAAGAUCAGGAGACACAAGGACUGUUGUCAGAAGCAGCCCCUGAUUUCCACGAGGCAGAGAAGGACCCAUCGGACGCUAGGCAGACACCCUUGUCCAGGGAGAUCUUACAUGAGGAGGGCAGUGGUGCCUCCUUGCUGGGGGCUGGCAUGACACUGCCUCUGCAUUCCCAGCCAUCUCUUCCUUCUUGUGGAGUGGAAGGCACUUCAGGACGACCAGAACAGGGCCAGGUGACCUUUGAGGACGUGGCCGUGCAUUUCACAGAGGAGGAGUUGGCUCUGCUGGAUUGCAGCCAAAAGACUCUGCACAGGGAAGUCAUGGAAGAGAAUGGUUGGAUUGUGGACUCUCUGGGACCCUGACUGGCACCAGCUCUCCAGGGUUUCAGAUGAAGAAUUCCCCAGUGCUGCAUGGAGAUGGAAGCUGGGGACUCCUGCAGGCCAAGCAGAUGCUCUGCCCCUGAGCUGCAGCCCCUCCCCUCAGGAGGCUGACCGUCUGCAGGGAGGGCGAUUUUCCUGUAUAUGGAACCUCUGAGGGGAAAAUGUAUGAGCCUGCUUAAUAUAAAAUAUAAAACUUAUCUUUUCUCCCAGUUGACCCUCUCCCCCAAGAAAGUGAACAGCUUUGGUCUUAGGCUGAGCUAAACCAAGGAUGGUUCAGACAAGUUUAAAAAAAAUGUAGAGGAGGGAUUCUUUUCUCUACCAAUAUCUCUUUUAUUGAAAAAAAAAUCAAAAUUAUAUCAGAAUCAAUACUCAGUCACGUGGACACUCAGUCAAGACACACAUGCAACUAGAUGUUCAGUUUCCAAGAUACAGUAGCAGAUACAAAAUACAAAGAGAAAGUACAAAAAGGAACCUAAAAUAUAUAAAACCGUUCCUGUUUCUCCAGGAAUACAGCUUGCACAAAAGCAAUUUCCUUCCCUGAUCUUUUCAUGCCACAGCAGUAUCCACUCCAGGUCUUUCCCUUCGUCUCCAAGGACCCUCUUACUGGCCUCUCUAAUGCAUGAGAGAGGUGGCACCAGCAGCGGAGUCAGACGUCGGACACGGGGGCGUGGUCUUGCAGGCAAAGAGAAGGAUGAUUUAAAUUUUAAAAAUCUCAUCAGAUUGAGAGGAGCUUUUCGGGAAGCUGUGCUCGCCGGUUACACCCAGCUGCUCAAUUAUAGCUGCACCUGCACCCCUGCCCUAUCAAAAGUGCCACGCUGAUCUUGUGUUCCCUUAGGGUAUUCAAGCACACGUGCUGCUUGCCCUGGGAACGAAAAGCCACACUCAUUGAAUUUGCAGCCUGGUCCAGAAAAGUUCUCCGAGGCUCACUCUUUUGCUGGCGCUUCUUCACAGUCGUGCCAAGCUCGCAACAAGGUUCCCCAUCCCUUCCUCUGGUCUCUCUGCCCCCGCCUCCCCAACUCCGCCAGCAGCCAGAAGGGGAAAUAUCACGUGGGAGAUCAGCUGUCGUCGGCUUUGAGACCAAUUUAAAGAGCAAAGCCGCCGCUGCUGCUUGAGUGCAGUAACCCUCCCUCAGAGAGCGCGCCCAGUGCGUGCGCCUGCCUGUAUCUGUGUAUGGAGAACUGAAACUAAGCGUGUUUACUGGGGAAGUCCCAACGUCGACUUUCAGUGAGACUCAGCAGCAAGUAGCUUUUGAAAGGCUGUGAUUAUUUCCUGAGGCUUCUUGUGAGGUCAGAUUGUAUUUGUGGGCAGGGUGAUGGACACACUAGUGGAGGGUCGGAUCCAUCAGUACUACCUUCUCUUCCGCCAGCUCCAUCGAAAUGAACUUUGCAGUGGGUUGGGGGUUCAGCAUAUUAGGGCUUGGUCUGCCUGCUGGCCGCUUAGUACACUUCUAGCGCAAAGCCCUUUUUCCUUCUGCUCGGCUGAGGUUUUGUUGCUCAAACCACGUGUCUUUCAUCAGGCAGAGUGUGUUGCCCCAAACUUCUCUUUCUGGGAUUGAACACGACUGGCGUGGGAAAGCGAGUACCUGACCCCACAUGCACAAGAACAAAGCAUAAGAACAGGCUGUGUUUUUCCACCUGCCUCCACUCCUCACAUUUCUAAACUCCAGAAUGAGACCCAAGCCUGCCCCUAUAAUGUGUAUGUGAGAGUGGGGGCUGGUGUUGAAAAUGAAGCGAUAGAGCGUAUUUGCGCUCUCUUCUUCACUUUCUGCAUCGUGGUUUUUGUUUUUUCUUGUUUUCACUCUUUAUUGUCUCCCUAUUCUUUUGCAAUUAUUUAAACGGGAGAUCCAUGGCAGCUUUAUCCUAAUA